GAUUAAGCCCACACCACUUUCCGCUCGCUAUAAAAAAAGUUCCGCACACCCCUCAGCAGCUCCAAGAACAGAGCAGUACUGCAGGAGAGCGAGUGAGCUGUCCAAAGCGUCCGGCCAAACCCGCGUGUGUCCACCACUCCUCCUGCACAAGCACCGCCACAAUGCGGCCGCACACCCUGGCGCUGCUCCUGCUCCUGCUGGCCACGCCGGCGGCGACGCGUCUGGCAUCGGCCGCCUGCGCGGGCGAGAAGUUCCCCGCGGGGCGGGCGUACGCGGCGUGCGAGGACCUCCCGAAGCUGGGCGCGUCGCUGCACUGGACGUACGACGCGGCAAAGAGCUCCCUGUCCGUGGCGUUCGUGGCGGCGCCGGCGGCGGCCGGCGGGUGGGUGGCGUGGGGGCUGAACCCGACGGGCGAGGGCAUGGCCGGCGCGCAGGCGCUGGUGGCGCUGGCGGGGUCCGGGUCCGGCUCCGCGGCGCCCACCGUGCGGACGUACAACAUCACGGGGUACGUCCCGCUGGGGAACGUCUCGACGCCGCUGGACUUCCCGGCCACCGACCUCGCCGCGGACGCCGCAGCCGGGGGCAGGAUCCGGGUGUACGGCACGCUGCAGCUGCGCGAGGGGAUGAGGGCCGUGAACCAGGUGUGGCAGGUCGGCGCGUCAUCCACCGCCGGCGCCCCCGACAAGCACGCGUUCCAGCCGGACAACCUCGGCGCCAAGAGCAAGCUCGUCCUCGCCGGCAAGUCCCCCGCGGCGGCGUCCCCGUCGCCCGCCCCCGCGCCUCAUGCGUCCGGCGGCGGCGCGGCGUCGUCCAAGUCCCCCAACGCCGCCGCGGCCGCGGCCGGCGUGGCCGCGCCGGUAGCCCUCGUGCUCGCGCUGGUGGGAUUCUUGGCGACGGUAUGAUGACGCGUCCACGGUGGCUGGAUGGGUGGGCGGUGAGCAGGGGAGGAAGUAUUAUUGCACUGUUUUCUUUAUUUUUGGUUCGUUUUUCAGGUUUGUUUUAGGCUGUGAAAUAAUAAUAAAAACGGUUGGCUGGCUGCACUUGUUGUUGAGCUGCUGUUUGGUAGGAAUAUACAGUGAUUUAUUACGGCAGUGGACGUGA